AUGAUCCUGCAGCGCGUGGCGGUGAUCGGUGCCGCGGCGGGUCUCUGUGCCGCGAGACACAUCCUGUCCCGUCUGAACCGCUUCGCCUCCCCGGUCGUGUUCGAGCUCAGCGACAAAGUGGGCGGGACCUGGUGUUACGACGAGCGGGUCGGGACCGACGACCGUGGACGGCCGAUCCACAGCAGCAUGUACCGAGACCUCAGGACCAACCUCCCCAAGGAGGUGAUGAUGUUCCCUGACUUCCCCUUUGACCCCCAGCUGGGCAGCUUCCUGCCCCAUCAGGAGGUCCAGAGGUACCUGGAGAAGUACUGCCAGAGCCACGACAUCCGCCCGCACAUCAGGUUCAACACGAUGGUGGAAAAGGUGAGGCCCGUUGUCAUGCCAACAGUGGAGGAGGAGGAGAGGACAACGUGGGAAGUGACAUCAUCGGAUCCUUCAGGUUGUCUAAAUACAGAAACCUUCGACUCGGUCUUGGUCUGCUCCGGGCACUACUCUGACCCUCACAUCCCUCACAUCCCGGGGAUCGAAGGCUUUAAAGGAGAGGUUCUCCACAGUCACUCAUACAGGUGGGCAGAGCCGUUCUCGGGUCAGUCGGUGGUGGUUCUGGGAGCCAAAGCUUCUGGACUGGACAUCUCCAUUGCACUGGCCGCGGUCGGUUGUCAGGUGACUCUGAGUCACGGCCAGCCUCGUCUCACCUGUCCUCUACCUGCCGGGGUCCAACAGUCCAGUCCGGUGGUGGCAGUCGAGGAGGACGGCCGCCUUCGAUUCCAGGACGGCUCCGUGUCCUCCGCUGACGUCCUGAUGUUAUGCACCGGGUACAACUUCCGGUUCCCGUACCUGGACGGGCCUCAGCUGGGUCUGCAGAUCGAGGACCAGCUGCUGUCGCCCCUCUACCGCUUCAUGAUGCCCCCGGCCUUCCCCUCGCUCUUCUUCAUCGGCAUGUGCAAGCUCAUCUGCCCCUUCCCCAACUUCCACUGCCAGGUUCAGUUCGCUCUGGCCGUGUUGGACGGCUCCGUCUCGUUACCGUCUCUGGCCGUGAGGGAGGCGGAGGCCCGGCGGACGCUGCAGGAGAAGGUGGAGCGCGGAGUGGAGCAUCGCCACCUGCUGGUGAUGCAGAAGGAGCAGUGGGAGUACUGCCAGACGCUCGCUCGCACCGCAGGCUUCCCGCCGUUGCCACCUGUUGUACGCAGCCUGUACGAGGAGGUGUGGAGACAGCGAAGUGUUCACUCCCAAAACUACAGGAGACGCAACUACAGGCUGAUCGGAGACGACCGAUGGGAGCAGAUCAACUGAUCGAUGGGGAAGCGAUGAUGAAAAGGUUUAACAGCAAAUCAUGUAAACAGCUGUUUUUGUACUGUAGUUAUACGUUUAAUAAAUAUCAGCUUCAUAAGGAAAGCUGAUAAUAAAUGUGUUUUUAAAAACUAAACUCCGGCUUGAUUCACUUCAAUCCUCGUUUUAUAGAGAGGCUAAGCCCCGCCCCCUCUGGUUCACCACCAUGGGAACUUAUUUUAGAAAAAUGAUAAACGGUAGUGAAAAAAGAAAAUGUAUUAUUUGAUUCUCUUUGAAAUGUGCCAUGAAUUACACAUGCGAUGUUUAUGAAUUAAAUAUAUAAUUUAGCCCAGUUAGAAAGUCAAAGUUUGUCCUGCUAGCUUAAUUUGUUAGCUAGCUAACUAACUUAGCUUUGUUCCAAAUGUAACGUUACCUUGACUAAUGUGUUUGUUAUCCACUAACUUUUUUAUCAGCCUGAAAGAGAAAGAACGUUGUUUGUGUGAUUAAUAAUUAUUUAAACUUCAAGAAAGUCUCAUUUUGUAGUAAAAAGUAUGACUGAAAAUACGUAAUAAUAAAGACGAUGCAUCAACAAGUCUCACUCGUUCUUUCUCUUCACUCGUAACGAGCCGCUGCAUAAAACACAUCAGUUAAGAUAACGUUACAUUUGAAACACAGCUAAGUUAGUGUCAUGUAAAAUAUUACAUUCAUAUGUAUAAAUGCACACAUACAAAUCUCAAACACAGUAUAUUUUGUCUAUGCUUUCACAUCACACCACACUGUGCACAUUGCGGUAAAUGAUUAUAAGUUCUCUUAGAAGGUCAAACACUCCGGACAGGGCAUUCUAGUGCCUGGCCGUACGAUGGAAAAGAACAGAGACACUUAAAGAAGGAAUAUGCUUUUACGACCAACUGACCACAGAUAACAAAGGCUCUUUUUACGACAAACUGACCAAGGCCCUCAGAAAGUCUAAAAGUCUAAACCAAGAGCCGCCUCUCUCAUUUUUGGACCUAUCAUAUUCAACUCACAAAACCUAUAUAACAUGAUGCGCACUCUGUAUAAGCGCCUUUUAGUUGCUGAACUUCUCAGUACUGCUAGGCCCGUGCACGUAUAACUGCUGGGCGAUAUACUCCUGUUAUCCUACA